AUGGCUUCCUUCUUCGCUUUUCUCGCCUUCAUCGCCUUCAUCGCCCUUCUUUCUUCCGCUGCGUCAGCAUUCUCCGGCAACUUUGAGCUCACCAACGUUGUUGUCUCCUCUCCCUUUCAAGCAGAUCCCACGUCGACUCAGAGCACCUAUGUCCAAUUCGACUUCUGUGACGAAGAUACCCCUGAAGUUGGUUCCACUCACUGCUGUGUUGAAUGGGCCGUGGGCUUGAGCCCGCCUACCUCUGCGGCGAACACCUGCGACAACAGCACCUUCGACGUCCUCGUCACCUCGUGGAAUGGAGUUGGAAAUCUCUCAUUGCGGUUGGGCCACCAGUACAUUGACAACAGCGUUGGUCAAGCCCCAUACAACAUCCUCACCAAAUACUCCGAUUUCAAUCUGACGUAUCCCGCCACCGACUACUACCAAUGUGACAUGGGAAACGCAGAUUGUGUAUCCGAUGACGGUGAAGUGAUCAUUGCGAAUGUCACCACAGCCGUUGCGUGA